AUGCCCGAGCUCCCGGAGGUGGAAAGAGCGCGGCGUCUCGUCCACGACCUCUGUCUCGGAUCCACGAUGACGUCCGUGCACCGUCCGGUGUUGGAUGACAAAGUUUUCGUCGACGUCGACGUCGGUGCGUUCGAGUCGGCGCUCGCGAAACGAAAAAUAAUCGCGAGCGAACGACACGGGAAACAGCUGUGGUGGACCCUGGAUGGGGAAGACGCGAAAGUGCCGUGUUUUCACUUCGGCAUGACGGGCGCGUUCGUCGUGCGAGGGCUGGAUGGGAUUCAGUAUUAUAACUCAAAGGCGACGGGCGCGGGCGAUUGGCCGCCGCGGUUCGCGAAGGCGACGUUUGCGUUCGAUAACGGGAUCGAACUCGCGUACGUCGAUCCGAGACGGUUUGGAAAGAUUAAACUCGUGCGUGACGUGAAGGAAGUGAUCGGGGGACUGGGGGUGGAUCCGUCGAAGGCGCUGCCGGAGGGCGACGCGUUCGCGGCGAUGUGGAAACGACGAAGCGCGCCGAUUAAGACGGCACUGAUGGAUCAGAAGAUCAUGGCGGGGAUCGGAAAUUGGAUGGCUGACGAAAUCUUAUACCGCGCGCGCGUGCACCCGGAGACUCGGGCGAACGAGAUGACCGACUCUCAGCUCGAGGCGAUUCGCGAGCGCAUACUCGAGGUCGUCACCGUCGCGUGCGCGGCGAACAGCGACCACGAUUUAUUCCCGUCCGAUUGGCUCUUCCACCAGCGUUGGGGCAAGACGGAUGGCGCCAAGGUGAACGGCGACGCCAUCAAGUUCAUCGAGGUCGGCGGUCGAACCACGGCGUACGUCCCAAAGCUGCAGCUCAAGACCGAUCGCGCGAUCACCAUCAAGCGAGAGAUCAAGCGCGAGCCCGAAGCGGAGCACACGACCGAUCCACCAAAGCCGAAGCGCGCGCGCGCCGCCGCGAAGCGCGCGUCGAGCGCGAAAGCCUCGCCCGCCGCGCCCGCCGCGCGCGUCACCCGCGCCAGCGCUCGAGCCAUCGCUUGA